AUGGAGGAGCUGCAGAAACUAGAGUACUUGUCUCUGGUGUCAAAAGUGUGUACAGAGCUAGAGAACCAUCUGGGCAUUAAUGACAAAGAUCUGGCGGAAUAUGUGAUUGAUCUAGCGGAGAAGAACAAUACUUUUGCCAGCUUCAAGAAGGUCUUGGAGGAAAAAGAUGCACAAUUUUCUGACUCUUUGAUUGCUAACCUGCUGAGGCUUAUUCAGAAGAUGAAACCAAAGACACAAGAGAAGAGUUUUGAAGAAGUGGCCAAGGAAGAGGACAAAAAGGCAGAUGCAGAUUUGAAUAGAAAGCUGUAUCCAGGUUUAGCAUUGCCAGAUAAUCCACAAAUGAGAAGCAUGCUGGAUAAGGAAGAAGAUGAUGAUGUUUCAAGCAGCGGUGAUGAGCGUAAAAUAACCAAAGAGAAGAAACGCCUAACAGACAGUGUGAGCUACAAGCAAGAAACACCUAAAGAAGAUAAAGAUGUUGCAGAUAAAAUGAUGCUGGAGUUGGAAGCUCUUCUGGGUAAUGCAUCGAAACAGGGUCGGGAAGGUGGUGAGGGUGAGAAGAAGAGAAGACAUCGGAGCAGGAGCAGAAGUAGGGAGAGGAAAAGAAAGAAAAGAUCAAGAAGCAGGCACAGAUCCCGUAGCAGGACACCAACCAGACACAGAUCCCGUAGCAGAUCCCAAGGCAGACACAGAAAAAAGUCUCCAGAUCGCCAUCACAAGAAUCGGUCCAGAUCAAGAAGUAGGGACAAAGAUCGCAAGCACAGAGACAAGUCAGAUCGCAAAACCAGAGACUCUGAUAAACUCAAAGAAAAUGACAAGUACAAUGAUAUUCCAUUAGAGCCAGUUGUUGGAGCUAUCUAUGAGGCCAAAGUGACAUCCAUAUUGCCUUUCGGUUGUUUUGUCCAACUGGAGGGUCUUCGUAAACGCUGGGAGGGACUGGUUCACAUUUCACAGCUCAGACGAGAAGGUCGGGUCACUAAUGUCAGUGAUGUGGUCAGCAGAGGUCAGAAGGUCAAGGCAAAGGUGCUGUCGUUUACCGGAAACAAGCCAAGUCUUUCAAUAAAGGAUGUUAAUCAGUCAACUGGAGAAGAUCUGAACCCUAGUCAUGUUCGUGUUGGUGGUGAGAUCAAAGAGGAUGACACAGUUGCCCGUAACCCUGACCGGCCGAGCACCCUGCCCCUGGUCAAUGCCCCGGAGCUAGAAGACGAGAAGUCGGACAUGAAAACCUUCAAACGCAUGUCCUCGCCUCAGCGAUGGGAGAUCAAACAGAUGAUAGCAGGAAACUGUAUCGACAUAACAGCAUUGCCAGACUUUGAUGAAGAAACUGGAUUGCUGCCAAAGGAAGAUGAUUCAGAUGAAGAUGUUGAGGUGGAGAUGGUAGAGGAAGAGCCACCAUUCUUACAAGGCCAUGGUCGACACUGGGUGGAGCUGAGCCCAGUCAAGAUUGUCAAGAAUCCUGAUGGGUCUCUUGCACAAGCAGCCAUGAUGGGGAAUGCCUUGCAGAAAGAGCGGCGGGAGAUGAAGCAGGCUCAAAGAGAAGCAGAAGCCAACUCUCUGCCUACUGGGAUUAACAAUGACUGGAUUGACCCCAUGCCUGAAGAUGGAGGUAGGACACUUGCAGCCAAUAUGAGAGGAGUCGGCAUGGCACCGAAAGAGGAACCAGAGUGGAAGAAACACAUCAGUGGAGGGGCCAAAGCCUCAUAUGGCAAGAAAGAGAAGAAGUCUAUCCUAGAGCAGCGUCAGAGUUUACCUAUAUACAAGCUCAAAGAAGAUCUAUUGAAGGCUGUUAGUGACAACCAGAUUCUCAUUGUUAUUGGAGAGACGGGAUCAGGGAAAACAACUCAGAUGACCCAGUACCUGGCCGAGGCUGGCUACACCACCCGAGGAAAGAUCGGCUGCACACAGCCCAGACGAGUGGCCGCCAUGUCUGUGGCCAAGAGAGUUUCUGAAGAGUUUGGUUGUCGUUUGGGCCAGGAGGUUGGCUACACUAUCCGUUUUGAAGACUGCACCAGUGCUGAGACAAAAAUCAAGUACAUGACGGAUGGUAUGUUGCUCAGGGAGUGUUUGAUUGAUGGCGAUCUGACACAGUAUGCAGUCAUUAUGCUGGAUGAAGCCCACGAGAGAACCAUUCACACAGAUGUUCUCUUUGGUUUACUCAAACAGGCUGUCAAGAAACGACAGGACUUAAAAUUGAUAGUCACAUCAGCAACACUGGACGCUGUCAAGUUCUCUCAGUAUUUCUACGAAGCUCCCAUAUUCACAAUUCCUGGUCGCACGUAUCCCGUAGCCAUCCUUUACACAAAAGAAGCUGAGACCGACUACCUGGACGCCUCACUGAUCACAGUCAUGCAGAUCCACCUCACAGAGCCACCUGGUGACGUUCUUCUGUUUCUGACUGGUCAAGAAGAGAUUGAUACGGCCUGUGAGAUUCUCUAUGAACGUAUGAAGGCUUUAGGACCAGAAGUUCCAGAAUUGAUCAUACUUCCUGUGUACAGUGCCUUGCCGUCAGAAAUGCAGACCAGAAUUUUUGAGCCUGCUCCACCUGGGUCUAGAAAGGUCAUUAUAGCCACCAACAUUGCUGAGACCUCACUGACCAUCGACGGCAUUUAUUACGUGGUCGAUCCCGGCUUUGUCAAACAAAAUGUCUACAACUCUAAAACCGGCAUGGACCAGUUGAUUGUGACACCAAUCUCUCAGGCUCAAGCAAAGCAGAGAGCAGGUCGUGCCGGGCGGACUGGGCCAGGUAAAUGUUACCGUCUAUACACUGAACGAGCUUACCGGGAUGAAAUGUUGGCUACCAAUGUACCUGAAAUUCAGCGGACCAACCUGGCAUCCACCGUGCUGAGUUUGAAAGCCAUGGGCAUCAAUGACCUAUUGGCCUUUGACUUCAUGGAUGCUCCGCCGAUGCAGACGCUUAUCUCUGCGAUGGAACAGCUUCAUGCUCUCAGUGCGCUUGACGAUGAGGGUCUUUUGACAAGGCUGGGAAGAAGAGACAAACAGGCAAUUGCUGAUUCCAAGAAAGCCAAAUUUCAUCAGUCAGAGGGUGAUCACAUGACCUUACUGGCAGUGUAUAACUCCUGGAAAAACAACAAGUUCUCCAGCCCUUGGUGCUACGAGAAUUUUGUGCAGAUUCGAACACUGAAGCGAGCCCAGGAUGUCAGGAAACAGAUGUUGGGAAUUAUGGACAGGCACAAACUUGAUGUUGUUUCCUGUGGCAAGAGCACAGUUCGGGUACAGAAGGCAAUCUGCAGUGGCUUUUUCCGCAAUGCAGCCAAGAAGGAUCCACAAGAAGGCUACAAGACAAUUGUUGAUAGCCAGGUGGUCUACAUACAUCCAUCUAGUGCCCUGUUCAACCGGCAGCCAGACUGGGUGAUCUACCAUGAGCUGGUGUUGACCACCAAAGAAUACAUGAGAGAAGUCACAGCCAUUGAUCCCAAGUGGCUUGUGGAGUUUGCACCGAAGUUCUUCAAACACUCAGACCCCACAAAACUCAGCAAGCAGAAAAAGCAACAAAAGAUUGAACCACUCUACAAUAAAUAUGAGGAACCCAACUCUUGGAGGAUCUCCAGGGCAUUUAGAAAGUUCCACACCAAGGUCACAUUUUAA